AUGUCAAGAUUCAAGAAAUCGCAAGUCCUAUCUUCCCUUUGGAUCCUAUGCCUCAGGACUUUUUAUACAACCGUUUCGUGCCAAAACUUCUUGGCAAUCCUUGUAUAUAUCUGUUAAAAAACACAUUAAAAUAUAUACACCAAAUCACCAACCGCUUAAUCUGGUUUAAUCAACAACGAAUCUCUAGCUGGCACAAUGCUCAAAGAAACAUUAACUGGGAACAAACACUACAAUAUAUCAUGUUUGGCGAGAGACUGCUAGCAUUACAUACCGACCCAUCAGCCUCGACGAUAAAAAACUUCAAAAUUAAACUUCUAUCGGAAGAACUACCU